AGUUUUCGUUACAUUGUAUUUCUUUCACACCACCAAAACUAGAACUAUGUUUGUGGGAAUUCUGUGUAUCAUCUUCAGUGUAGCUAUGUACGCUUCACCAUUGACAGUCAUGACGCUGGUGAUCAAAACAAAGAGUGUCAAGUAUAUGCCAUUCUCUCUUUCCCUUGCUAACUUGCUCAAUGGCAUUAUUUGGGUUAUUUAUGCAGUCCUCAAAUUUGAUCUUUAUAUCUUGAUUCCAAAUGCUCUGGGAACCUUGUCGGGUAUGGUGCAGAUCAUACUCUACGCUACCUACUACAGGACCACACGGUGGAAUGAGGAGGACGAGGAGGAGGGAAGAGGUAGAUCCGAGGUUCAACUAUCCAACGAUGCCUAGCCAGCUAGCCGAUCAUUCACUACUCCAUCAAAGUUCUUCAGAUUUGAGUUGGCUGGUAAUAAAAGCUAGCAUUGUAU